UUUAACCAUUUGAGAAUUCAAUGAGUCACACAUAAAAGGCACCUAGAAUGGUGCUGUCCCAGAUUGGCCAUUAGGAAAUUGUUAGCCCUGGGCCAUCCAUGUUGCUGGUUGAACUGUGAGUCCCACUCAAUGCUGGAACAUUGAGGAGGUGGCAGUAUUGUCUUUGAGAAAACAGAGUGUCUGUCCUAAUGAAGCAGGAAGAAGCCAAAGUAAACCCUCUGGUUUUGCUUGCUUUUAUUUGACUUUGAAAAUCGACAAUUUUGGAAGUCACACGACUGAGCAGUGUCAUGGGUCUCCCAGUGUCGUUGAGCUCUGUGUGGACAACGUCUUUCCUCAUAGAAAGUCCCUGUGCCUCCCCAAGCACACUGCCUCCCAGCCCUCCCCAGGCCUCUCUCAUUGAUCAUUUCAGGAAUGUUUCUUUAAAACUAGCAGCACAACAUUGAUUUACCCAAAACUCCCCUAAUCUCCCUCCCACCCUUUAAGACUGAUGGUUCAAGAUAAUAAUCAGCUGUUCUCCAGAUCCACAGAUGACCAGCCAGCAGGUUUGGUGAGACCCCCUUCCAGAUCACCAGAGAGGGGCCUAGAAGCACAGUCUCAAUCAUUUCCUGAUGUAAAUCCUCUUCAUUUCUCCUAAAGAUAAAAGGAUCUCAAGGCCUGUGCUGAGUUAGAUCAUUUCCCAAGAUGCUCCCCAGAGGGAUCUUCAAUUCCCUUUAUUGUGGGACAACUAGGGAAAAGGUCAAGGUUCAGGGGUCUGAGCCAUGUCAUUGGACUCUACAGCUGGGGCACCUGCUACCCACCCUCUACCCAGUGUUCACAGCUCCCAUUCCUGAUGUUACCAUCUUGUGGGGUGAAUGUCUACCCACUACUUUAGGGGAGUUCCAUUUGUUAUGGGCCAAACUAUAUGUGCCUUGGCCAGACAAAUCCAUCUUACCGUGAGACUACAUUUCAUAAAAGAAAUACUUCUCACAUGAGAAAACCCAGCCUAUGUGACCCAGUUCUUGUUAAAGACACCCUGUUUGGCAACACAUAACGGCUAAAAAUGUUUCGAUCUAAUGGCUAAAAAUGUUUCGACCACUGAGCCACAACCCCAAGCCCUAUUUUGUUUUUUAUUUAGGGACAGAGUCUCACUGAGUUGCUUAGUGCCUUGCUGUUGCUGAGGCUGGCUUUGACCUAGAGAUUCUCCUGCCUCAGCCUCCUGAGUCUCUGGGAUAACCAGCAUGCACCACUGCACCAGGCUCUGUUGUUCUUAUAAAAUGUAUUACUAAGAAAUACUUUUUGGCUGUAUUCAGUGGUGCACACCUGUAAUCUUAGUGGCUCAGGAGGCUGAGACAAGAGGAUUGAGAGUUCAAAGUCAGCCUCAGCAAAAGCGAGGCAUUAAGCAACUCAGUGAGACCCUGUCUCUAAAUAAAAUACAAAAUAGGGCUGGGGAAGUGGCUUAGUGGUUGAGUGCCCCGAGUUCAAUCUCCAGUACCCCCUGCCCUCAAAAAAGAAGUGCUUUUAUAAGGUUGUGGAUGUUUUUUGUUGUUGUUACCAGGGAUUGAACUCAGGGGCACUAGACCACUGAGUCACGUCCGCAGCUUUAUUUUGUGUUUUAUUUAGAGACAGAGUCUCACUAAGUGACUAGUGCCUCACUUUUCCUGAGGCUGGCUUUGAACCUCCUGCCUCAGCCUCCCAAGCCACUGUGAUUACAGGCCAGUCUGAGCAACUCAGAGUAACCCUGUCUUAAACAAAUAAAUAAAGUGCUGGGGAGGCCCAUGGGUUUAAUCUCUAGGACAGUGAAACAAAUAAAAAAAUAAUAUCUAUUUCUCAGUGAUACUCAGUAAAUCUGCGAGAAGAAAAGAUUACUGGCAGCAAAACAUGAGCAAAUAUCUGAGAGAAUUCUAAAAAACAAGAGGAAUUGGGGGUGUGGAUGGGGACAUGGAGUUUGCCCUGUAAGAGAGUUAAAAUACAUAGCAAUUAUUUUACAGUACGACGCUGUCCCGAGUGCUUAGAGUCCAUGUGGUUUCAGGUUUCAGAAUCUAUUUUAAUUGUAGGUUGGGCUUUUUCAAGUCAGCCUGGAGGCAGUUUCCAAGGGUAUACCACACCCAGUUGACCCAGGCAGGUGGCCAAAGAGAAAGGCCUUUCUCCUGCCUGAUUGGCUCCGCUCUGGCUUCCUCUUGGCUCCUUUAAGUGUGGGGUUCAGGCAUUUCCCCUGUCUUUGCUUCGCACUGCUGGUUGCUGUUCUCUCCACUCUACUGAGCUCAGGGUCUGCUGGGCACCCCACAGUCUGGAACCUUCAUCUGGAAUCGUGCCCCCAGCUAGAGGUCCCUCCAGAACCCAAACCGUCUUCUUCAACCUGUUUUCAAACGGGAAGUGGGCGUGCAGCGAUCAAGGAAAACAUUUCAAAUAAAAUAGAGGCCAUUGCACAAGAUGAGCCACGGGCAGCCCUGCACAUCAUCCCCACACAAUGAAAACAGCUCUGGGGUUUUCAUCAUCCCUGGGCUCCAGGAAGAAGAGAGGGUGGCGGUGCAGAAACGUGGCCACCAGGUGCUGAGGGCUCUGCACGGACUGUGCAUCCAGGCGGAGCAGGCUCCAAUCAUCGCUGUGCUGUGCUCUGGCGGAGGGCUCCGUGCCCACAUCGCCUGCCUCGGGGUCCUGAGUGAGCUGAGGCGACACGGGCUGCUGGAUGUGGUCACUUACCUCGCGAGUGUCUCAGGGUCCACUUGGGCAAUGUCUUCAUUCUAUGCCAAGGACGGGAACUUGGAAGACAUCGAGGCCGAACUGAAACGUCGGUUUGACCAGAGGGAGUGGGACUGGUAUGGUAGCCUGCAGGAAGCCGUCUGGUCAGCGAAGACGUUGAAGAAUUACUCUCUGACUGACUUUUGGGCCUACUUGGUCGUCUCCAAACAAACCCGAGAACUGCAGGGCUCUCACUUGUCCAGCAUGAAGACGCUUGUGGACGAGGGGAGGAUGCCCUACCCGAUAUUUGCAGCCAUUGACAAUGACCUCCACUCUGCCUGGCAGAAGGAAAAAAACCAGAAGACCUGGUUCGAGUUCACCCCUCACCACGCUGGCUACCCUGCGCUCAGGGCCUAUGUGGCCGCCACCCACUUUGGAAGCCAAUUCAAGGAGGGCAGAAUGGUCAGACAAGAGCCCGAGCGAGACCUGACCUUCCUGAGAGGUUUAUGGGGAAGUGCUCUAGCCAGCCUUGAAGAAAUCAGGAAAUUUAUUUGGGACCAGCUGUCCAGCCUGAGAGAAAGGUUCUCGCUGAUGUACCAUCCCAUGGAAGGGAGGGCAAUUGCUGGGGCAGGCGUGGGAGUGGCGCUCCUGGAUUUGGUGAUGGCUUACGUCGAAGAUCCUAAAUCCCCCAGCAUCCAGGAGAAACUCCGGGGGCUGCAGCAGGAACUGGAGGCACAGAGGAAAGAUGAGUGCCACCACAGCUGGAUGUCUGAGAUAAUCCAGAGCUGGACCGAGAUCUCCCUGGAAGAGCAGGAGCAGUUCCUGGAGUACCUGGCCUAUUGCUUCCAGAGGCAGAAGCAGGACCCCACGUGGCAAGUGCAAACAUCACUGAUGGGUGAGGUUGCACUUUGGGACUAUUUUGUUUUUCUGCUUAAAACUGCUAUAUGCUGCUCCAAGUGGGAAUGGGGGACCACCUACAACUUCCUGCAUAAAUACGGUGGCGUCAGAGACCCGGCGAUGCACACUCGGGAGCUCUUGCACCUGGUCGAUGCAGGAUUCGCCAUCAACACCCCCUACCCGCUCGUUCUGCCCCCAAUUCGGCAAGUUGAUCUCAUCCUGUCUUUCGACUUCAGCGCGGGGGAUCCUUUCCAGACCAUCAGGGACACUGCCAAGUACUGCCAGCACCACGGCAUCCCCUUCCCCCCAGUGGAGGAAGCUGUGCUCCAGGAGUGGUCUAGAGCGCCUAGGAGCUGCCACAUCCUGAGAGGGGCGGCUGGGCCCGUGGUGAUGCACUUCCCCCUCUUCAACACCGACAACUGCGGAGAUGACAUCCAGUCAUGGACAGACAGGUACAGCACGUUCCAGUGGUCCGACAGCUACAGCAGGGACAUGGUGACGCAGCUCCUGGAGGUGUCCAAGAAGAACGUUGACAUGAACAAGACGAAGAUCCUCAGAGAGGUGAAGAACGUGGCCAGCACAGAGACCUGCUGCAGCCCCAGGGACCGUGCGGAGCUCUGCUCAGGGGAGGUGGAGGAGCUCACCAUCGCCAGCCCAGGAGGCCUCUACCAAGAAGUCAAGUUCAAGUUCAGCGAGGACCAAAAGCUCCCAGCUGGGGAUGAAGAGGAGUGUUCUCUGGAGGACACAGUGGUGGACGUGCGGGGCUCCCGUACUGUGGGCAUCAAGAUCACCAACAGGACAGAUGUGACGUUCAAGGAUCCCAUGCUCUGCUGUCGGAGUGGCCAGGCCCACGUGAGACCACCACCUGUGCUUCCCCCAAAGUCCACCGUCCACUGUUCCUUCACAAAGACGAGCUCCAGCUUCCAGGGCACAGCGGGCCUGCUGGCCUACCAGGGCCCAGACGAGCACCUGGCCCUGCUGUUCUCCGUCCCCUUCAGCUAUGCCCUCCAUCGCAUCCAGUUUGCCCUGGCCGUGCUCAGGGGGCCGCUGGCCCAGGACGACCUGGAGCAGGUCUUUGACGGCAUCAUGGAGAAGGAGGCCCCGGAUCCCAAGGUGGUGAAGUGCAUCCUGCAGACCCCUCAGGGGGCCCUGGAGCUGAAGCAUGGCUCCCUGAGCGUCAGAGCCACCGUGUCCAAUGUUCAUGUGGCCAAAAUGGAUGUGGUGAUGGAGACCAAGGCCACCUAACUCUCCCUUGUCAUUUCACCUGGCUGCUGCAGCCCCCGUGGGCGGGUGACCCCAGGGAAGGAGGAAUGGGCCCUGUCAUGGGCUAGAUCCUCGGGGCCAAAUCAGCUCUGAGGACACAGGUGUCUAAUAAAGCUUGCUGAGUGAC